AUGACGUAUCUAAAGCACGUAACCUUAAUGAGUUGAAUAUAAAAAUUAUGGAACCCAAAAAGAUCCUGAGAUGUUUUUCUGUGAAUUUUUGUAUGGAACUAUGUACAUCUGUUUCAAAAAACAUACAAACCAAUUCUGAAGAUCAAAGAGACUUUAUACAGUUAUUAGCUACUGUUACUAAUUCACCAGGUUCUGCAUGGAUUGAACCAGUAUCAGAAACUAAAACUGAAGACUUACUAAAGUGUUCAAUACAAGCACUUAAUACUGAUCAACAGCAACCAUUUAUGCACUUAGAGUUUCAAGAUGCAGAAACUUUGGGAAACACAUUAUUAGCAUACUCUUGUGGCCAUCGUUAUUUAUCAAAUGAACAAUUUAAUAUAGAUUCUCAACAGGUUGUUGCUCGUUUAGAUAAUUUACCCAAUACUGCUGCAGCUGUACAAUCAGUUCUACAAGAUAUAAGUAAUUCGGCUUGUCCAAAUUGUGUUUAUGAACAAAUAAACAAUCUUGUUCAAAGAGAAUAAUUAAAUUAUUAAGUUUAAUGUAAUAUUUAUUAAAAUUUUACUAUAUAUUUUAAUUUAGUGCUUACAAUAUUUCCAAUUGAAAUAAUC